UGCUGCGAGAAGCGGGGAGCAACCCCAGAUCCGUCGCCCACCGGGUCCCCCGCAACCGCGACCCCCCCACAACGGCUCACGGAGGGGCGGAGCCUGGCCUCCAGUUAUUCCUCCUGCGGGUGUCCGCCACUUGCCUCGUCCGGCUGCCUCGCAAAGCUUUUUGGGAGUUGAAGUUCUCCUUUUUUCCUUCUUUAAGGCCGAACUGCAACUUGAGAACUACGUGUCCCAUAGUAGCCUCGCGGGCUGCCCAGGCUCCCGGAAGGCGGCUCUGCCCGCCGGUGUCAAGGCGGCUAGUUCAAGUUGCCAUAGCGGCGAGCCUAGGUUGCAAGAUACUGAUGGCAGAUUCAUCCAGUGAUUCAGACAACUUUUUUAGGGCUCGAAUAGGAAGAUGGCCUCCUCCGAGGACAUCCCACAACAGAGCUCGGAACUAUGGUGCUGAAGAGGUUACAGAGAAGAUUCAUACACUAGCAAGCACUUUACAGGAUACCAAUAGAAACCUGAAGCAUGUUGACCAUCUGCUGGGGCAAUACAGGGAAUACAACAAGGAACAAACAGAAGCAAUAGCAACUUUAAAAGAAACAUUGGAACAGUCUAUAGGUCAGCUAAAGAGUCAGCGACUAAGUGGAAACUCUGGAAGGAGAAGUGCUUCUCUCUCAAGCUUGUACCCUAGUGAUUUGGAUGGAGAAACAGUGCCAGGGAUCCACCGCUUUGUGCCUACUUCUCCUCUCAGGGAUUAUGGAGACUCACAGGGCAAUAGACAUCGGAGGUCUAGAUCAGCAAGUGUUCGAUUUGUCAACGAGGCUGACAAUUUGAAUCAGCUGCAUUCUUUCCACCAGUCUCUUCGCGAUCUUAGUAGUGAGCAAGUUCGUCUUGGAGAUGACAUCAGUCGGGAGCUUUCAAGAAGAAAUAGGGCUGAUGCAGAAAUGAGAGAGACUCUAGCGGAACUGUCUGAAAAGCUCACUGAGUCCCGAAGACAAGAAACGGUAUCUGCACGUGUAGAGAGAAGACUUCAGGAGAUAGAACAAGAAAUGCGUGCUGAAAGGCAGCUUGUAGAAAGGCGCCAGGACCAACUGGGGCAGAUGUCUGUUCAAUUACAAGAGGCUUUAAAGAAACAGAAUGCUAAAGCAACUGAGACAGAAGAACUUGUGAAAAAUAAACUUUUGAAAUAUGAAAGUGAAAAGACACAACUUGAGCAAGAAUUGGAGCAGUCCCGGAAAAAGCUGAAUCAAUCAGAAAGCAAUAGAGAAGCUCUUUUGCAUCAGGUUGACGAUCUCCGUUCCCAACUUUUGAGAGCAGAAGAAGAUCGUGCAGACUUGCAGCGUCAAAUUUCACGUUUGGUUAUGCACCAUCAGAGCUCUCAGGAUGUCUGUGAAGACGAAAGGAGAAUUAGAACAGUAGCUGAAAGAUAUGAGAGAGAAAAGCAAGAACUGGAGAAACAUAUUUUGGAGCUUAAGGCAAAACUGACUCAUAACACAGCAAUGUCAGAGGUAGAAGAGCUAAAGAGACGCAUAGAGCAUAAAGACAAGGAGAAAGCACAGCUUGUAUUGCACAUAGAGGCAUUAACAUCUGACCUGGAAAACAGGGAGAAGCAGCAGAAAAAAAUGCUAGACCAGCUAAAAGAGAUAGAGAGUUGCUACAAGGCUAGUGAGGAUGGACGUAGGCAAACAGAACGCCAGUCUGCUGAGUUAGCUCAUCAAGUUGAAGAGAGUACCAAGGAAGCAGAACGGUACCUUACUGAAUUCAAGCAUUCAGAGGCACUCAGGCUAGAAACUGAGAAAAGAAGAGAAGAUUUGAAGGUGAGAGCACAGGAAACCAUCCGACAGUGGAAACUGAAGUGUAAGAAACUGGAUCGUGAGGUGGAAAAACAAAAUGAAACUAUAGGUGAACUGAUGGACAAAAAUAAUCAGGUCCUCAAGGAAAAAGAUGACCUCAGAAAUCAACUUCUCUCUGCUAUACACCAAAUAGAAAACCUUCAGAAAGAGUUGGAUGAUGUGCUUGCAAAGAGAGCCCAGCAGGAAGAACAACUUCACUGCAAGGAGGUAAAACUAAAUGAAAUGAAGUCUCAACAGCUAUCCCUGGAAGAAGAGAUAAAAGAAGUUCAAGGUACUGUAAAUAAAUUAGAGAAUGAGUUGAAAAUGCAAAGCUUUCUACAAAAUCAGACACAAGCUGAAAAGGAACAUUUGGAGCAAGAACUUGCAACUAGUAAAUCAAUUCAUGAAAAAGACCAAGAAAGACUCUUAGAAAUGCAAGCAAAUGUAAAAAAUUUGAGUGCUGUGCGUGUGGAGCUAACAAACAGAAUAGCAGAAGAAGAAAAAAUCAAAAAAGAAUUACAUAAGAGCCUCUCAGAACUCCAAAAACAUCAGGAAUCUAAGCAUGAAGAGAUGACUUCAGCUAACAGGCAAUUGAAGAUGGAAAGAGAAGCUCACCAACAGGAGCUAGUAGAUCUUCGAUUAGAGUUACAUAAUGCUAAAAUCAAACAUGAUCGUAACAUUCAAGAGCUUACAAAACUCCUUAAGCAAGAAAAGGAUGAUGCAGGUGCUCAGAUUAGGAUGCUAAAGAUGGAACUUGCAGAAGAGAAGAGCAUAGUCAAGACUCAGAGUCAGCAGCUGGAGAAGAUAAAAAUAGAAUGUGAUAAAUUGACAGAAGAAUUAACCCAACGUGAAGAAGAAAAUACAAAACUCAGGCAAAAAUUUGAGCUUGUAAAACAAGAACUGGAGAAAAAGGAUAAACAGAUCAGCGAUGAAGAAGAUCACUUGAGAAGGAUGGACAAGGCAAGAUUGCAGUUUAAGGUUCAGCUGCACCAUUUAGAAAUGGAAAAGGAAUCCAUUCUCACCAUGAUAGGAACUGAAAUUGAUGCUGCUUGUGAGAUUUUUUCUCGGGAUUCUGUGGAGAAAUUCAAAGCAAUAUCACUUACACCAACAGUGCUGAAUGAUCCUCAUCGCUGGUUAGCAGAGACAAAGACUAAGCUGCAGUGGCUGUGUGAGGAGGUGAAGGAGAGAGAAAGUAAGGAAAAAAAGCUGCGACACUACUUGCUGCAAAGCCAACAGCAUCUCAAGCACUUUACACAGCUGAAGGAGUCUGAACAUCAGUCUCUCUUCAAACAGAUAAAAAAGCAAGAACAACUUUUAGAAGAAGUACACAGAGAGAAAAGAGAGCUACUAGAGAAGUUGCUCAGAAGAGAGGAAGAAAUGGGAGCUCUCCAGGAACGAAUUAUGUCCUUAGAAAUGAGUACUCAAGUAGCUUUAGAUUAUCUGGAGUCUGUUCCUGAGAAACUGAGCCUCUUAGAAGAUUUAAAAGAUAAUGGAGUGAGAAAGACUUCACUUGAUUCUUUCAGUAGUUCUAAAUUAUUUCAGUUAAAUGAUGUCGACCCCAUACAUAUAGACAAAUCAGUUAAUAAGGAGUCCCAUUGCAGGAGGGAGAUGAUUGAGGAGAGGUAUACCAAGUAUAAAGAAAUAGUGACUUCUCUGCAGCAGCAGCUGAAAGACUCAAAGCAAAGAGUCCAAAAAUUCAAAGAUGUAUGCAGCAACCAUGUGGAAAUGGAUGCUGAAAUUCCUGAUAUAAAAGUGGCUGCUGCUUCUUCCAGUUGGCGAACUCAAAACAACUUUUUGUCCAGCUCGCUGCUCUCAGAUUCUAGUUCACAUACGCAGAGAAUAGUCCCUUUUGAUACAAGUGCCACCAAGGAAGAUUCAAUUAAUGUUGCCAUCAAUAAAAUGAAGAUGCAAGCAGGAAGAGGGAAGCAGUAGGACAUUUUACAAAAACUCAGAACAUUUUUUUUUGAACUGUGGUAAUUCCAUCUGCUGUUGGUGGAAACAUCCUUAAUGAUUUAAUGAUUGCCAAACACUUAAAUGAAGAGACUUUGAUUGACUCCUGUAACCUGUACAUGAAAGGUUUUCUGGGACUGCGAUAUUCUCUUGCAUUUUUUUCUGCAGUUGUAAACUAAAUGUAUUGUAUCCCUGAAAUAUUAUGAAUUUCAAGAACUGUGACAUUGAUCUUUGAUAUGAACUUAUUUACCCAUGUAUAGGACUUGUGCUGAGGUGUUAUUUAAAAAGAUUCAAUAAUAUUAUUAAUAAUCAAAAAUAUUCAUAAAAAUUGUUCGUCCUAAUAUUUAUUGAGUCAUUAUACAGAUUUAUACAAGUACAUUUUUGAAUUUAAGUGCUUCACUUUGCAACAAUAAUUUAAGAAAGAAGCAAUAAAUAUUAAAUAAAAGCUAAUUUCUUCAAAAUCAUACCAUGUCUUCAAGCUCAGCAUAUGUCACUUAUAAGCUGUUUAGAAUCAUUCUUCUGAUCAGAAUAGUUUUAUCAGAUACCAUGGCAAAUUUGAUCUUGUGGGACCUCUGUAAAGCACUUAAUAGCCCCUGAAUCUCACUCAUCUGUAUCAAGUGUACAGAAGGGCAUUGCUAAGUGGCUGUGAAAGUUUUACUAACAGGGCUUGAUGAUCACUUAUUUAUUCUGUUUUCUUCUCAGUUAGAAAAAGAUACGUCAUACUGAAUGUAAAAUGCUAUGGAAAUACAAUAUUGCAUGGCUGUAUUUGUUUGGAUGAUUUUGUUUUAAACAGUAAUGGUACAAUUCUGCAUUACUGUGAUCUCAAGCAGCACAUCACAGAAGAAUCUGCUGUCAGAAGAAAUAGCAAUUCUUCUGAUGGUCCUGAUUUUAUUUCCCCCCCCCCCCCUUUUUUUUUUGUAUGCUUCUGAUUGAAUCACUACUAAUGAGCCUUAAACAUUUGCCAAAUCUAUUAGACUACUGUAGUAACAUGAAUACCAUUGCAAUAAUUGUUUUGUACACUUCUGUCAUGCUUAGGAAGUGUUGCUUCAAAACACUUUUUAGCACCAUAGGAAUCCCAGGUCAUUAUGUGCCACCUGAAAACAGAACUUUUUUUUAUAUUUUCUUUUUAAGUUUCCGAAGUUUUUUGCCAUCCCGGUGGGCGCUAUAGCCUUAACAGAGUCCAUAUGGAUUUUGUCUGUUUCUGUAGAAGGAAAUGAGAAAAAAAAUAAUAAUUUUGCUUUCAUUUUCUGUAAAGUUUUCUUUACCUUCUGUAUGUGUAUAAUGCUAUGCAUUAUAGUGCUGUCAAUGGCUUUUUAUAUGUCUGUUAGUUCAAAAGGUCCAGAAAGCAAAACAGUCAUAUCCAUUUCUUCUCAUCUCAAUGUCAAUGGAAGGACAGGACAAACACAUAACCAAAAAAUCUCUUCUGGAGAUUAUUUCUCUCAUGAUCUAUAAGGACUGUGGAUGUAAUGAGGCAGUGCGUAACUCAGGCCACAGUUACCAUAAACUAAACCAAGUGUAUGAUGUAUCCAACAUUUGUAAUUUAUUUUUUUAUUUAGAUCAGAGCACAGCUAGAAAUGGGGUGUUUAAGAUGUUUAAAGUGUUUUUUUUCUAUUACUGUUUAAACUCUUGUAGUUAUAAAACUGCAAGAAAAUCAACAGCUUGUGGAUUUUAUAGUACCUAAAAAUUAUGACAAAAAUAUUUUUAUAAAGUCAUUUAAAAAUAUAUUAUAAAACAGUAAAUCAUGCUCUCUAAGUCUAAGUAAUGGUUUGAAAGCAGUGCCUCCUAUAUUAUUACACUGCCCAUAAUGUCAGAGGUGGAUAUUGGUGGUAUGGCAGUAGAUGUUGAAUCUUCCCACCAAUAUUCUAUACCACGUUGUUGCAGAGGGGCAGUGUGAUAGAAUGGCAUCUAACAUGGAAGAGUGGAUGAAGCAAAGGGUGUCAUGGAAUUCAUCCAUGGAGAAAAAAACUUCAUCCAUUCAUAUUCAUGGAUGAUUUCUGAAAGUUUACAGAGACCAAACAGUGGAUGUGAGCACAGUGAGGCAGUGGGUGGUGUGUUUCAGCAGUGGUGACAGCAACUGUGUGUCACCUCCACUGGUGCAGAUUUUUAUGAGUGUGACAUGCUGGCUCUUGCUCAUUGCUGAUGAAAAUGCGUAACUAGUGAUGGUGAUCGAGUUGAAGAGUAGUGUUUUUAGCUGAGAAUUUACUCUAUGUAAUAGUCUCAUUGUGCUCUUUGUUGUAGUUUCCAUGAAAAUAAAUAGGAGGCAUUACUUUUGGAGCAAUCUAUGUAUAUCAUUUUGGAAAGGGUCUAGUGCUGAUGGAUAAAAAUAUGUGCUCUACUCAACCUACUGAAGUUGAAAUGUUUUUGAAGUAAAUCACUUGCUGGAAAAUGAAUGGAACUUAAAUGUCUCAUCUGAGAAGCAACGUGUUGAGAAAUAACAUCCUCUCUUUUUUCUAAGGUAUUUGUAAAAAUCUGGAUAUUGCUUUUACCAUUUUAUAUAUUUAUACACUGUUCAUCAAUUGUAACUCAGAAACCAGGUGUCUUUCCUUAAAACAACAUAAUUUCUACUUUAUAGCGUUUGACAAUGAUGGAUGAACAGUCUAAUCUCUCUUGCUAUUACAUAAAAUUCUGAAUUAUUUUUUAAAAGUGCAGGUGAAUAAAUUUAGUAAAUUCAGUGCUCAGUAUAUUUGCCUUUGACUGUCUGAUUGGGUUUUCAGUAGAGUUCUUUCUCCUUCUUUAAUAUUUUCUAAAAGGGCUGAGGGAACAGAAGAAAAGAAAUCAAACCACACACACAUAAAUUAAUGAGAGGGCUUAUGGUUUCCAAAGCCAGGAAAUUGUUUCUUAAAUUUACCCUGUUGGCAUGGCAGACCAGAUAGCAUGUAAUAUUUGUCUCUCUUCCACCUUGGAUAGAAGUUCAUAUUACAAAGUCAAUUUUGUUUCCUUUCUACUGAAGGCUAAAGUUCCUUUCAUGAUAUUAUGUGAAACUGUCCCCCUGUGGUUAAAGAAAUAAUAUUUUUUCCAUAUUGGCUUGAAAUAAUAUUCCUCUGACCAGCGUUAUUUUUUAAAGUAGAAAAGCAGAUUAUUUUUGUAUAAAGCAUACUGUAUAUGUCAUAUCUUAAAAAUUACUGUCCAUUCUGGUUAUCAGAAUGGAUUUUAACUCUUCAGUGACUCAUUCCUUCAUUCUUUCCUAAGACAGCAGUUUUCACUAAGGAAAAAAAUGUCCUAACCCACCUAAAUUGGUGUUUUAUUUCUUUGUUCUGUUCAAUAUUUGGUAAGUAAGGCAACUUUGUAUGUAUAUAUUAAAUAGUGGCUAUAAUAAUUUAAGACGGUGUAUCCAUGUUUUUCUAACUGUUCUGGAAUACAGGGGUUCAAUAUAGGGCUUUUAGAGAUGCACUUGGCCUUUAUUUUGGCAUCAAAUAAUUUUCACUAAACUUUCAGAUUUUGUAAUGUACUUCAGUUUUUUAAAAUAAUUUAACAGAAAUAUUGGAAUAUUUAUUUUAAUUUCUUUUGAGAAGUUGAUUAUUAAAUAUACAAGAGAGUAGAUUUGCAUUAUAAAAACUUCAAAUUAAAGACAGAUCUCAGUGUAGCAAGGAGUAUCCAUCCCUUCGUGGAGUGAAGAACUGAAUCACAAGGCAAAACAAAGCAAUUUUCUUAUUUUUCCCAAAAUUUCCCUGACAGCCAUGUUUUGGUGAUGGUGAAAGUAUUCCUUGAAUAUUCAGAGCUCAGUCACUUUGUUAUUCUUUCUUUGCAGCUGUCUCACAAAUGUAGAUAAAGAAGAUGAAAUUUCAUGGAACAAUGAAAACACUAUUCUUAUAUUCUCCAAAAUCCAUUUGUGAGCUAAGGAGUCUGCUUAUCAGUUCAUCUCUGGCUUAUGACAUAGUGGCUGCACCAUGGAGCACUGAACCUAUUUUUCAUGAAUGAAAAUGCCAAUACUAAAGUUGAGUAAAGAACAAACUAUUUUUGUAACACUUACACCAUUUGCUUAUUACAGUCAAAAGGUUCUCUAAAUCUCCUCGCAUUCAAACUGCAUUCCUAAUAUAUCAGUGCCUCUUUAGUUGCUGUAUUCACAUCCUAUUACUUAAGUCAGCGAGAGCUGGAGGCCAGCUAUCAGGAAAUGCAGUAGAAUGCAACACAGAUUCCUAUUGUUUUGGUUUGGUUUGGUUUUUCAUCUAACUGUAGAACUUAGAAACAGAUGUAGAAAAAAACUAGCAAUACUAUGAGGAAAAGGAAGCAACUGCUGAUUAAAUUUAAAUUUCAGAACAGUUUAUUUUUGGUGUUUUAAUCUAAAACGAUUGAUAUUUCCAUCUGAAUCAAAGCAAUCCCUAAAUAGGAGCCCAUCUUGGAUUUUCUUUAUUUAUUUAUUGCAUAUCAAAAUAUUUUCCACUCUAGCUGAAGUCACCACAGCCCUUUACUGGAAGCAUAACUGGACUGUUAAGAGUAUGAACUUAAUUGAUUUUCUUUGUAGAGGACUAAGUGAGAUUUUAAAUCUGAAAUGCUUCUUAGUGCUGUAUACAGAAGUACAGCAGAACAGAAUGUGAUAAUCUUGGUCUUUCAAAAAUCUGUAACCUAAUGUCUCUGGGAAUGCUGACAGCAAAAAUGAAAGAGGUUACUGUGGUUGAAAUACAGAAACAUCCAGCAUUUAUUGUUUGUAUUAACAACAAUAGCAACCAUGUUUCCAAAGCUAAAGUUGCAAAUCUGUCCUUACUCUGCGUGUAAGAAGGAGAUACUUGUUUUCUUGCCUUAAUAUAAGAAUUUUUUGAUAUCAUAUGCUGUUAGAAAACAGGUGGUGAUGGUUUUUUUAGCACCAUGGAGGCACCUUCUUGGUACUAUUUAGAGCUAAAUAUUCUUGGAAAUCAAUUAUUAAUGUAUUUUUAUUAAGGUACUAUAUUUAAAUAUAGGAGCUGCAUAAAUAAACCUCUUUUAGGUUUUGUUCUGCUAUCUUUAUUUAGGCUGUUCAGUAUGUGUUUUGCUUCAGUAAGCUCAUUGAUUCUUCUUCUGCUGUCUGUUGUUUUCAUUGGUCUUCAGAUGAGAAUCCUAGCCUGCUUUUCUCAUCUGUCAUCUACACUGCACUAGGAUGUCAAUAACUGUUUAUACAUUUACUCCACAUUAAUAAUUUUGAUAGUUGAUAUGCCCAGUGAACGACAGUGAUUAUAAAGGCAGUUGUUGCCUCUAACAUAAUCCCUUUUAAUGCGAAUUCUACCACUCUUACUUGCUUAUUAGUAUAAAACCUACUUGCUAAGCUACCCUUAGAUCACAUGGUGCCUAACUGUAGUGAUUAUUCCUCAGACAAAGGCAAGUUUAUCUAACUAAGUUUGUUGAGAUGCUUUAAUUGCUAUUACUCAAUCUACUAUGAGUCUGUAGUAGAAACUAAUAAAGGAUAAGCGCAGUUGCAGUAAUGCCAAAAUAUUAUUAAUUUCAGGUGGAAGAAAUGGCUACAAACUGAUUUAGGAGAUCUGCUGAAGUAUGCAGUGGAAUCAAAAAAUUGAGCAUUACAAAUUAUAUUUCUUUAAAUUACCCUCAGUAGAAACAGUUGCUGACAUCUAAAAUAUUUCUGAGAAUUAAUACUGAAAUUUGCUAAAGAUGGUCACGUGGUAUUAUUCUGAUAAUGUGGAUUUCUGUGUCACUCACCUUGUUAAAUAAGCAAUGAACUGGGAAGUCAGCCCAAAUUACAUCCUGGCAAUAGGCUUUUCACAGAAACCACCACUUUUGGACUUACUGUGGAAAAAGAUGAGCAUAGCUGUGUUUUACAGCUGGCCAAGAGAACAGUUUGCAUUUGUGGCAUAAGCUAUUUCAUCUGUGCUGCUCAAUAUGUGCACCAUUUUUAAAGAGGCCUUCAGUUCAGCACAGGCAACACAAUCUCAUCCAAACUGCUGUGUCUGUAGAGUUGGCAGAAUUUUUGUCGUGUGUUUUGACAAUCAGAAUAUCAGUAAAUCCAUCAGAAACCAUGGAGUAGUUUGUUUUGUCUUCACCAGAGAGAUAUUAAAAGAAAUCUCUGUGAAAACAGAAAAAUCAAGUAUCAAAGUCAAUAAACUCUUCAUUUUUUCUAGAAUGAGAGUCAUUUCUGAAACUUCAUGAGAGAGACUGCCUUAUAUAAAAUGUCUUUGGAGCCCCUGAACAAAUCAACCUAUCCCAUUUCAAGUCAUCUCUUACUGUCACAGACUUGCUUAAUUUUCUCCUGUACUUUGGAAAUUCUCUUAUGUGCAAUAUAGACUGAAUGUCAGACUUGAAAUAAUUUCAUAUGUGGUGCUGGUGUGAUGGAUUUUAAGAAAUGCAUCAGAUGUUCAAAUUUCAACCUUGCUAUUACCUUAGUGGAAGAAAGUAACAAAUAUGCAUUUAGCCUGUAUGUAAUGCAAGGGCAUCUGUUCCGUGUAACACUGUUUUUGAAGGUGAAUCUCUUUUGAAGCUGAAAUUUCUGUAUGUGCAUAUGUGCGAGUGGUUUUUGUUUUUGUUUUCCCUUGGGAGUGUGAGAAAAAAUCAGUCACUGGAGUUCUGUUUUAUCAUUUCUAACUAAAAAUGCGGCUAAUUCCAAUACCUCAUUAAAAGCACUCCUAACUAAGUUAAUUACUGCAUGAGCCAUUUUCAUGCAGAUAUUUUAUUUUUAUUUAAUUCAAAAAAAAUGCAGUUCCUUUCCCAUUUAGCAUUCUAAAACUGAAACAAAGUGGAUUCUGUGAUGUAACAUUUUGAUUGUGAAAUUCACAAACUCGGGUUGCCUUGGCAUCUAACACAGGUAUCAGUGGACAUAUUGCAUCAUAUUUCCCAGUCCGCCGUUGCUGCUGCAGUUCACUGUAAAAUGACUUCACAAAAAUCUCAGACUUCCAAAGAAUUGAAUGUGUGCAAGAUGCUCCGUACUGGUUUAAAGUCAGAAAGGUCAGUUUGAUACCACUAAACCUCUUGCUUGCAAAUGAAAUGGAGACUGGUACACUGGAAUGAAAUUCCUUGGCAUGUAAUUAUUUCUAGACAUUAAAUCCUGAAUGCCCUUUGCCAGCAAUUCAGCAAAGAGUCCAUUCCCUGAUUUAAUGUAAAAGGCUCGCUGACCACAUUCCCAUAUAUAUUCAAGAGUGUUAGGAACAUCUAUGUGAAAGAAAUGUGUAUGUCUUUUCUUAAUUUUCCCUCCUUGUAGGUUUUAUUCUGCGUGUCUGUAGAAACAUUGAUAUAUUUCAUUCCUCUAGAAUGUACCAGAGGAGCAGUGUGCUGAAUCUGAUUUUGCUGAAGUGACCAGAGUUACUGCAGGUUCCUCUGAAUUUGAUUACCAAAUGGUAAAGGUGUGUUCAGACUUUUAAUGGCUGAACAAAUACAUACAGGCAAAUAUGUGAAUUGUCCCAUUCACAUAAUUAUGUACAUGUCUUAUAGUCAUAGACACGCUUAAACAUGUACAGUCAUACACUGUAAUAAUUUACUGAUCUAACAAAAAAUUAACUCUUUGUGCUUUCCAAUCCAGAUGACUGAAGCUAGCAGAGGCAUGUCUAAUAUCAGUGAAAUUAGCAUUUAAUUGUGAGUUUGAGGAAAGGAUGAAGGAAUAUUUUCUCAAGGUGUGUUUUCACUGCAUUUUGUAGAGCUCCAGGUCUACUUUAUAUGUUGAUCUAGUGAGCAGACAAAUACUUACUAACAAAUACACAUUUUAUUAAAAUAUUUCUUUAGCAGACUAAGUGCUCGCAAUACUUCAGCUCUAUUUCAUUUUUUUCUAAACUUCAAUUUCCCCCCAAAAUUCUCAGAAUUAAGAUUUGAGGUUUAUUUGGCUUCAUGUAUAUAUACUGUAAUCUUCAGGCUUGUACUGGUUCAGUAAGUUCUGACAAACUUAAACAUCUUCAUUUUCUGUUUCUGUGUGAGCAUUUGUCCCAUGUGAAACAAACUUUAGGUUAUUCCAAUGUUGCCACCAUUGUUUCUAACACACUGAAGACGAUAUUCAUCUCCAUACACUGUUUCUUGAUUGUAAUUCAACAUUCCUCACAGAAUGAGCUGAUAGAGAUGCUCCUCAUUCCAUGGUGCUACAGCUAUUCAUGGCUGUCCAGAAUGUGUUUUGUCUUCCACAUCGCUGUGUCCGCAACUGAAACACACCACCCAUUGCCUCACUGUGCUCACAUCCACUGUCUGGUCACCAUAAAUAUUCAGCAAGAAACAAUGAAUGUGAAUGGGUGUCAUUUUUGCUACAUGGAGGAAUUCUAUGACACACCUUUUCUUCAUAUUAAAUAAUGUGAUUUUUUUUAUUCUUAGAAAAAGAAAAAAAUAUCAAGACUUGCAGCUUUGACUACUUGUCAGAUACCCUCUAACUUCUGCAGUAAGUCCUUUAGCUUUUUCAUUGUAUGACAGUUUCAUUCCAUCAUUCCAAGGUAACUUACCAAGAUGUUUUUAUUCCUUUUUUUUUUUUUUUUUUUCAUUAGCAGCCAUCUUUCACGAUGAAAAAAAAAUACUGAGAACUACAUAAUGAAUUACAUUUAACUGUUACUUUUGUAAAUUGCGUGGAUACAACUAAGCCUGCAAUCAUUUUCAGAGCACCUCUCAAACAUUUAGGAACAAUGCUUUAUGAAGUACAGAAAUUUCUUAAUGUGAUGUUCCUGAGCAUGGAUCCUUGUCAGUCUGUGAAGUUUGUGUUGCUGUAACAUGCACAAGGUUUGACUCACGUCAAUCUAGAUUACAAAGCAUAUGAAAGCAAUGUAUUAUGCUUUGAGUACGUUGCUGCGAACUGAUGCCUUGACAUUGAGUAUGAAGGUAUGUUUAUGUACAAGUUUGGCUAUGCUCUCCCUGGAUAGUUCAUAUGUUAAUUCAGUAUCAACAUUUGUACUUACUUUCUACAAGUAAGCUAAAUAAAUUAUUUUUCUAAGCAACACA